AUGCCGCAGGUAAGCUGGGCUGUGUUGGAAAUGAGUUUCCCUUCUGGAAGUCUGCUCAUCCUCCCUGAGCUUUUGGCAGGGGAAGAACUUGCAAAAACAAUUUGGGAUGUUGGUGACUAUGACAUGCAAGUUGGCAUUGUGGAGGCCCUGUUCAGGCUGGCGAGGAGACAGUGGAGAGACAACCUUGUUGACCAUUGGUUUGAAGACCAACUCAUUGCCAAGGCUUUUAAAGGAAUCCAGGAGAAAGAAUUUGAGACGGACAGCAGGAAAUUUAUUAAUGAACUGAAUGGAAAACUUGGGCAUCAAAGGAGGGUCUAUUCAAUUCCAUGUAAAGCUGCUCAUGCGGAUAUGAAUGAGUUAAAUAAACCACCUGAUGACAAACUCGAGGAGUUCUGGAUUGAUUUCAAUUAUGGAAGUGAAAGCAUUAGCUUCAACUUUGAAGGACCAGAGUGUUCACUUUGGGAGUCGGUGAAAUUGGCAAAGGAAGACAUCAGUAGCUUCUUCUUGCAAGGUAAGAAUACACGGAAGAUUCCUUACAGCCUGGAGAUGUGUCUGCACUGA